ACAAAAAAAGUACUAGUUCAAAAACAAUUUAAAACGAAAACAAAAUAUUUAGCAAGUUUAUUGCAAAAAAAAACCUAAAAAAAAACAACAACAACAAGCACUUGUGAAAAACUUUAUUUUUUAAGGCUUGUGUAAAGGAUUAUUUGUGUUGUUUGUAUGAGUGUAAACUUCAAUCCUUAGAGCUAAACGUAGACGUUGUUCUUGUUGUGUCAGCAGCAACAGCAAAAGACAAGUGUUGCUUAUUGCUCAUUACAAAGGGGAUAUUAAAAUUAUUUGAAAGUUUAAAAAGUUUCUUUUGCUGUAUAAAAGAUGCUUACAAUUUGACCUUAGUCCAAAACUACUACAUUAAACAUCAGUCCAAAAAUAAUAAAACUUUACAGCAGUAUCAAAACUUAAUCGGUAUAUAAAUUAUCCAGAAAUCUCAUCAAAAAUGUUGAACUGUUUGGCAUUAUUUUUAUUAACAUUUAUGUUAUUACAAGAUUUCACCCAGAGUUUACGUUUGGUGGAAGUACGUAUACCAAAUUACGUUAUUAAGGGUUCAACAGCACAAUUGGAAUGCCUUUACGACUUAGAUGGUGAGGCAUUGUACUCGGUGAAAUGGUAUAAGGAUGGCAAUGAAUUUUAUCGAUAUGUACCCAGGGAUAUGCCGCCAGCACAGACCUUUUUACUGCCAGGUGUUUCAGUGGAUGUUCAUAAUUCGAGUGAUGCUGUUGUAACAUUACGUGAAGUGAAUCUACAAUCGGCUGGACGUUUUCGUUGUGAGGUAUCGGGUGAAGCGCCAUCGUUUCAAACUGUCACUGAACAUGGUGACAUGGUUGUUGUCUCUCUACCCGAUCAGGGUCCUCCAAAAAUCAGCGGUGGACGUCCUCGUUAUCAAAUUGGUGAUUGGGUACGCAUUAACUGUACUGCCGGUCGUUCAAAACCGGCUGUUCAGUUGUCUUGGUUCGUUAAUGGUGAUGCAGCCGAACCUCAUACAUUACGUAAAUACGACACUAUUAUAUCGGGUCGUGAAGGUUUGGAAACUUCGGUAUUGGGUUUACAAUUUCGUGUGGAACAGCAUCAUUUUCGUAAUGGUGAUAUGAAAUUAAAGUGUGUCGCCUCACUAUCCACAUUCUACUGGCGCAGCAAUGAAGAAUCCGUCGAAGGUGAUAGACCACAAAAAGCGCCCGUCCUAGAAUCACGUGAGACCGUGUAUGCCAGUAAUUCACGUGCCGAUCCCGUACAAGGUAUGUCAUUGCGGGAAAGUUUUGUUACCAAAAUUUUAUCGUUUUUCAUUCAACCAAAUGCAGCCAAUAAAACGGAUUCAUCUGUCAGUAUAAAGCCCAUCACAAUAAUAUUACUGAUAGCUAUGGCUUUAAUAACAACAACAGGUUGUUUAGAACAAUUAUACUUGGGCCAUAACUUAACGAGAGCAAAAAAACCAACAACAUCAUGCAAUUUAAAAGUUGAACAAAAAGAAAAACACUUAAGAAAUUAUUGUUGUAACAAUGAUAAAAAUAAUGACGAUGAGCAUGAUGAUGCCAAGGAUUGUGAUUGUGAGGCAGUUAAAAGGAAUGAUGGUAAUGUAACAACAAGAAAGGAAAAUAUUAUAUCAAAAAACUCUCAAGAAAUAGAAAAAGGAAAUCGUAAUAGAAUUAUAAAUCACAAAAGUAUGAUGAUGGAUUUUAAUAAGGAUAUGUCAAGUCUGCCAAUAACAUUUGAAAUAGAAACACAAAUAGCAUCAAUAUGUGCAAGACUGCAAUUGACUACAAAGACAACAAAAUCAUACUCAUCGUCAGCAUUAAAUUGUUCGUCAUCAUCAUAUUGCUCCUUGUCCUGUUCGUCCUGUUCCUCCUUCUCCUCUUCUACCACCUUGUCGACAACAAAACCCAACGUAAAGAGUUUAAACUCAAGGUAGCUAUUUAAUUAAAUGGAUUUUCCUAAAUCUUAUUUUCUUUCCAUUUAAAAUACUACUUUUAUUUUUUUAUAAAAAAGAAAAAGAUUUUUUAUAAAAGAUGUACUUGACAUCUUAUUAUUAGUUUAUUAGUUCCUUAUAAUAUUCUUUAUUUAAAAUUAAAAAGCCAAGAAAAAAAUUAAAAAAAAUACCAAAAAAAAAAAAAAUCACAACAUUAAAUACUAAUUUUUAAAGCUUAAGUUUUAAGUAUUUCUCUAACGGAUACGGAAAUAUAAAAACAAAUGUAUAUAGUCCUUGUUAAAUUUUAAGAGUUUUAACGAUAAUUACACAAAAGCCAUAUUAAUUAAUAAAUUUGAUCGAAGAAAAAAUAAAGAACUUUAGUUUCUUUUUUUUAUUUUAAAUCAAAAUGUUGUAACUUUUAAGCGUAAUUGAAUGUGUGUGAAAUAACAAAAAAUAUUAAAAAAAAAAAUAUAUGCUCGUAAAAUGGUC